GCCAAAAUUUAUCUACUUCAUUAUUGCAAAAACCUACUAAUAUAGCUCCCAAAACCUUUGAAGGUACAAAUUUAAAUAAGAAACAAGCGUCAAAGAACAAAAGAAUUACUUCAACGAAAG